CAAGUUCACGAUCCCCGAGCAGAGUCCUUGUUGGUUGACACGACGGAAGCUGUCAAAUACGCCUCUUAAUAAGCCUUCUCGUACUGCGUUUUAGGUGUUAGCCAGUCUGUGGCUUUAACGCCACAAUAAUUCCCCCAUAAUUGGGUUUGGGACGUAACAAUGGAGGCUAAGUUAAAGAAAGAGUUGGGGACAGCCGUGUUGAAGUCGACCGGUCACUCGGGAGGAGGAUGUAUCAGCGAGGGCCAGAGUUAUGAUACUGACACUGGGAGAGUGUUUGUGAAGAUAAAUCACAAGAGAGAGGCCAAAUUGAUGUUUGAUGGGGAGAUGGCCAGUUUGGAAGCCAUUUUAAAGACAGAAACUGUUAAAGUCCCCAGGCCUGUGAAGGUGAUUGAGCUUGACACAGGAGGAUGUGUAUUUGUGAUGGAACAUCUGGACAUGAGAGGCCUUAGCAAGUACUCAAAGCAUCUUGGAGAGCAGCUGGCAGAUCUGCAUCUUCACAACAAGAGACAGUUGGGAAAAUUGAAUAAAGAGCAGCAGACAGUGGGGAAAGGAGCGGGGCAGUCAGAGGUGGCUGUUGUUGAAAAAUUUGGCUUCAGUGUAACCACAUGCUGUGGAUAUCUACCACAGGAAAAUGAGUGGCAGGAUGACUGGGUGACAUUUUACUCACAGCAGAGGCUGCAGCACCAGCUUAACAUGGUGGAGAAAUCUUACGGAGACAGGGAAGCCAGAGAACUAUGGGCCGAGCUCCAGGUGCACCCUUCCUUUGACCUAAUCAGAAACAAAACACAACACACGUCUUUUGAUUGUAUCAAAAAUCUGACAGUGCUACUUGCAUAUUGUCUUUAUUUACAGCUGAAGAUCCCUCAGUUUUUCACAGAUGUGGAGAUUGUCCCUGCCCUCCUCCACGGAGACUUGUGGGGAGGCAAUGUGGCACAGUGUGCAGACGGCCCGGUCAUCUUUGACCCAGCUUCCUUCUAUGGCCAUUCAGAGUAUGAGCUGGGUAUUGCAGGGAUGUUUGGUGGCUUCAACAGCUCUUUUUACUCUGCCUACCAUGAAAAGAUUCCUAAAGCACCUGGCUUUGCAAAGAGAAACCAGCUUUACCAACUCUUCCACUAUUUGAAUCACUGGAACCACUUUGGUGGUGGCUACAGGGGCUCUUCGAUAAGCGUUAUGAAGAAUCUACUGAAAUAAAUGCACUCGCACUCACUUUCAGAAAGCUUCACAGUCUUAAACUCAUGGCAAGUAUUAUGUAUAUAUUGACAGAUGCUAAUUUGUCCGGGAACAGUGUGGCUAGACACUAAACAUAACAUAUAGGCUCUAUUAAUAUUUUUAAAUUCUUUAUUUUCUACAAUGACAUGUGUAUAGGUUGCCUAUAACCAAACAUAAACCAUAUCAAAGAAGCUGAGUUUUUUUGGUAUGCUGCAAACUCUUCCUUAAUUUUGUGUAAAUCUUCCUUAUUUAACCACCCGACUGAAUUACAUUGCUGUGCAAAGGACAACUGAUUUUCCCAGUGAGUACAAUAUUGUGUACUUUACCUACUUUAUCUACAUCAUAGUAGCCUGAUUGUUAAUGUCAUACAGACUGACACACUUCAUACACCCACAAAAUGUUGCAGUAUAACAGUGAAUCCAUUCAUUUGGAUAGUUUGUAUCCACUGCUUAACCAACAAUAAACCCUGUGAUGAUCCAAAGUA